AUGACCAUCAACAGCUUCGAGAAGGGUGGGGAUGGCGGAGGGCCGUCUGAGUGUGAUGGCCAGUAUCAUUCAGACAACACACUAAUUGUGGCAUUGUCCACCCGUUGGUACAAUCACGGAAAAAGAUGUCAUAAGUUCAUUAAAAUAAACUACAAAGAUAGAAGCGUAAAAGCUAAGGUUGUUGACGAGUGUGACUCGACUAGAGGAUGUAAAGAUGAUAUUGUGGACGCAUCAAAAGCUGUUUGGAAAGCCCUUCGUGUGCCUAAAAGUGAAUGGGGUUUAACCUCAGUCACUUGGUCAGAUGCAUGA